GGUAGCGGCGGGGCAGGCGGCUCGCUGCGCGCUCGCACCGCUCGGCUCCCUCUCGGUCUCCCGAGCGAUCUGGGGAAGGGAGGAGCGGGGGGCGGCGGCGGCGGCGGCGGGGGGGCUCUUCCUUCUGCUUUCUCCCCAUGCCCGCGCCCGCCCGGCCGCCGCUCUGAGCCUGCCGGGGCCAUGCCGCUGCCGCUGCCGCUGCUGCUGCCGCUGCUGCUGCUGCUGCUGCCGGGCUCGGCGCGGAGCCUGCCGCCGCCGCCGGCCCCCGCGGACACGGCGCUGGUGACCCCGCGGCGCCUGGACCCCGACAUCAACGGGCCGCCCUACUUCAGGCGCGGCCCCGCCGAGCCGCGCCGCGGCCAGGCCGUGGUUUUCCAGCUCUCGGCUUUCGGCGAGGACUUGUACCUGCACCUCGCCCCCGACGCCCACUUCAUCGCGCCCGCCUUCGCCGCCCACCACCUGGGCGCCGCGCCCGCCGCCCGCCUGCGCCGCCCGGGCCUCCGCCACUGCUUCUACUCCGGGGCCGUCAACGGCGACCGCGACUCCUUCGCCGCGCUCAGCCUCUGCGGGGGGCUGCGGGGCGCCUUCGGCUACCGCGGCGCCGAGUACGUGAUCAGCCCGCUGGCGAGCGGCGGCCCCGACGGCGCCCACCGCCUCCAGCGUCGCCGCGCCGGGGCCGCCGCGUCGCGCUGCGCCGUGGGCUCCGGCCUCAACCCCGGCAUCCUCCAGGCGCUGGACAAGUACCGGGCCCGCGAGCCGCCCGAGGAGGCCAGGCCCCCCGGGAAGGGCGGCCGGGCCAAGCGCUUCGUCUCCGUGCCCCGCUACGUGGAGACCUUGGUGGUGGCCGACGAGUCCAUGGUGAAGUUCCACGGCGACGACCUCCAGCACUACCUGCUCACCCUCAUGGCCACGGCCGCCCGGCUCUACAAGCACCCCAGCAUCCGCAACCCCAUCAACAUCGCCGUCGUCAAGUUCCUCAUCAUCGGGCAAGACGACAAGGGGCCCAAAGUCAGCGGCAACGCUGCCCUCACCCUGCGCAACUUCUGCGCCUGGCAGAAGAAGUGGAACAAAGUCAGCGACAAGCACCCCGAGUACUGGGACACUGCCAUCCUCUUCACCAAGCAGGACCUGUGCGGUGCCACCACGUGCGACACGCUGGGCAUGGCCGACGUGGGCACCAUGUGCGACCCGAAGCGCAGCUGCUCCGUCAUCGAGGAUGACGGGCUGCCGUCUGCUUUCACCACGGCCCACGAGCUGGGCCACGUCUUCAACAUGCCCCACGACAACGUGAAGGCCUGCGAGGAGGUCUUCGGCCAGCUGAAGACCAACCACAUGAUGUCGCCCACCCUCAUCCAGAUCGACCGCGCCAACCCCUGGUCUGCCUGCAGCGCUGCCAUCAUCACCGACUUCCUCGACAGCGGCCACGGAGACUGCUUGCUGGACCAGCCCGCCAAGCCCAUCUCGCUGCCCGAGGACCUGCCGGGAGCCAGCUACAGCCUGAACCAGCAGUGCGAGCUGGCCUUCGGCGUCGGCUCCAAGCCCUGCCCCUACAUGCAGUACUGCGCCAAGCUGUGGUGCACGGGCAAGGCCCGCGGCCAGGUCGUCUGCCAGACCCGCCACUUCCCCUGGGCGGACGGCACGAGCUGCGGCGAGGGCAGGUUCUGCCUGAAGGGCGCCUGCGUGGAGAGGCACAACGUCAGCAAGUACAGGGUGGACGGCAGCUGGGGGAAGUGGGCGCCCUACGGCCAAUGCUCGCGGACGUGCGGUGGUGGGGUUCAGCUGGCCAAGCGGGAGUGCAACGACCCGGUGCCUGCCAACGGGGGGAAGUACUGCGAGGGCGUCCGUGUCAAGUACCGCUCCUGCAACCUGGAGCCCUGUUCUGCUGCAGUGCCGGGGAAGAGCUUCCGAGAAGAGCAAUGUGAGGCUUUCAACGGCUACGGCCACAGCACCAACCGCCUCACCGCCUCCAUCUCCUGGGUCCCCAAGUACUCUGGAGUCUCGCCUCGGGACAAAUGCAAGCUCAUCUGCCGGGCCAACGGCACGGGCUACUUCUACGUGCUGGCACCCAAGGUUGUGGACGGCACCCCUUGUUCCCCAGACUCCACCUCAGUGUGCGUCCAGGGCAAAUGCAUCAAAGCGGGGUGCGACGGGAAGCUGGGCUCCAAGAAGAAAUUCGACAAAUGCAGUGUGUGCGGAGGAGACAACAAGAGCUGCAAGAAGGUCUCAGGCUUAUUCACCAAACCCAUGCACGGCUAUAACUUCGUGGUGGUCAUCCCAGCGGGAGCCUCCAACAUCGACAUCAGGCAGCGGGGCUACAAGGGGCUCAUCAGCGAUGACAACUACCUGGCGCUGAAGAACGGACAGGGCAAGUACCUGCUCAACGGGCACUUCAUCGUCUCGGCCGUGGAGAGGGACCUCAUGGUGAAGGGCAGCGUGCUGCGGUACAGCGGCACCGGCACCGCCGUCGAGAGCCUCCAGGCCUUCAAGCCCAUCCAGGAGCCCCUGACUUUGGAGGUGCUGUCUGUGGGGAAGAUGACUCCUCCCCGGGUGCGUUACUCUUUCUACCUGCCCAAGGAGAGCAAGGAGGACAAGUCCUCGUACAAGAAAGAGGGGAAGAGCCCUCCGGACCUCAACAACAGCGUCCUGAGCCUCUCCAACCGCUUGGACGUGGGCAGGCCGAAUUACAAGCGUCCCUCCUACAAGUGGGCGGCGGGAGGCUGGGAGGCUUGCUCCGUCACCUGCGGCAACGGGCUGCAGAAGCGCGCCGUGGCCUGCCGCGACUCCUACGGCCAGCUGGCCUCCGAGUGCGACGCGGCCCAGCGGCCCGCCGACGUCAGGCUGUGCGGAGACCCCUGCCCCGCGUGGGAAGCGGGGCCCUGGGCUCCCUGCUCCAAGACGUGCGGCCGGGGCUUCAAGAGGCGCAUGCUGAAAUGCACGGCCCCGGCCGGGCAGCUCCUGCCCCGGGAUAGUUGCAAUUUCAGGAGGAAGCCUCAGGAGCUGGACUUCUGCACCUUGCGGCCGUGCUGAGCGGGCCGGGAGCGUUGCCGAAGGAGGCAUGGUGUCUCUCCGGCCGGAGAUGCGUGGCUGAAGGUGGAACAGCAGCCAGGGGUUGGGAGAGGGGGAGAUGUCCGAGGGCGAGGGGUCUGUUACAUAGCACAUAUCAACCGGACAAGGGGCCUGUGCGUGGGAAGAGCGCGCGCCCACGCGACGGCAACCCGGCGCGCCCACGUGAGAGGGCCUUGGCGCGGUUUUUAUAGACCAGGUUGCUCGGAGACAGAGCGGGAAUAAACAUCUACCUCGAAGCUGCUGAACUAUGUGGAAACCUGCCACCGACCAGGGGACACGGAGAGUCGGGGGGACAGAUGGAUACAUGGGCCAGAGCGGUCUCUGGAGAUCGUUGCCCGGGAUCGAUCCAAGGACACGCAGAGGAUGUCCCUGUAUUGCACAGAUCAAGCCUCCCGCUGGUCUUCCCAGGGCUAAGGCUACCUCCCUCCUCCUCCUCCCUUCCCCGACCCCCCGAACACUCGCGCUAAAUGGGACCAAAAGGAACUACAAUGCAAUGAUGGCAACCUGUACCGUCGAACUACCAGUGCAACGAGGUGCUGGGGCUCGCGGGAACUGACGCCUUCGGGGCUUGCUGGCAGCGACUUCACAGCCUGGACACACCGUUGCUGCUAUCCAGAGUCUCAGCAGCAUCUCGGUACCGGGCUGCAAGGUGGUGGCUUUAUUUUUGUUCUCUCCUCAUGUUUAUGAUCUGAACCAUGUAGAUUUUAUGGUGCUUAACUCUGUAUUUCUGACCUCCUCGCUCCUCCGGGAUGUAAACCUUGUGCAGCGGGGAGGGCGUUAUUCCCGGUGGGCCCUCUCAGAAGCCCAGGGUUGUCCUACGGUGCUUCGGGAAGAGGGUGUAGGGAGCCUGGGGGCUGACCACCUAUCUUGGCUAACUGGGCACGCAGUUCACAGCCGGAUGCUCAUUUACACCCCAGUACAGGGCAGGGUGUAAACUGCCCACCUAAGGCCCUUUGGGGCUUAAGGGGAUCAUUAUGGAAGUGAGACUUGGGCUUUAAUUCCAAACGGCAACAAGCAACUGUACUGUAGUAUCGCAGCAUGGUGCUCCAGCAUACGGGACCAGAAAUAGCCCGGCAAGUUGCUGCUACUUGACUUUGCUCUAGAAAUGGUGCUUGCUGCCCAAGAGGACCAAGAGUCUGUGCCCAGGCAUCCUGCUGCCCUCUUCCCUCCAAACUUUGGGUCAGGUUGUUAUUUUUUCCCCCUGCAUUAACCCCCUAGAGACGUUCUGAGCUGAAAUCUAGCGGAGGUGGGUGCAAAUUCUCCCACUACUUCCCUGCCCUGAGCUGUGGCAACUUUCAAGGCAUUGCUUUUGAACGGCAAGAGUGGAAGAGGAAUUCAGGACCUUGGCCUCUUCUGGGGGGGGAAACGGGACCAGAAGCGUUUAGGUGCAUGGGAUGAACCUGUUGCUGCUGCACAGCAUCUAUGACCAGCCUUUUCCCCUCAGGGUCCUGUCCAGGUGCUUUUGUGCAAGGGUUUAUUACAGACCUCUAAUGGUUAUGUAGCAUCGUGCCUGUUCUGUUCAGAGGCUGUGUCUUACCUCAUGCAACACCCGCACAGUGACCCCUUAACAGUUCUUUUCCCCCCUGGUCUCUGGUUCAGAUCAUAUCAUCAGGGAUCCUUCCACUCUUUGCUCUUCCAGUGUAUAAAGAUGAAGGUCACUGGAAACUCCUUGUGCCCUUUAACCAGCACCGAAAGGUCUCUCACUCAGCACGUUGCCCGUGUGUCACAGCCGGGGGGUGGCUACACUGGACUAUGCAGCGUCACAUCAAUCUGACCCUCUUUCUCUCCUCCAACGUCCCCGUUGCUGCAUGGGGUGCAUGCGUGGGGGAAAGGGCCCUGGCAGGAUCCGGGGCCGCUUUCCAAUGCAAAUAGCAACAACCAACAACAUUCCUAGUUUUAAGAUAGUAACAGAGGAACUAUCACGCUGGCUCAGACCAAAGGUUUAUCAAGCACCCUAUCCUGUCUCUGGCAGUGGUCAGCAGUGAGUACGGUGGGAAAGAUUUCAGGAAACCAGACAGCUGAAGCACAACCCUUCUCUUGAUAGACCCUUCCACUAGCUUAGUGAAUUCCUGAUGAUAAUGUCUGUGGACCCAUCCUCCAUGAAUUUAUGCAAUGCCUUUCUGAACGCAGUAAUGCUUUUGGUCUCCACAAUGCUUGAUAUGGCCAGGAGCAGAUGUUGUGGUUGCUUUGCACAGCCCGGGACUGGAUUUCGUGUUCUAGGAAAUCCCUUCCAGGUCUACGUUCCCAUGAACGUAUCAUCUAUUUUCUGCUGAGCCUACGGGGAUUUUGUUUGGGGACAGAGUUCGGAGGAGCUGCCUGUUUUGUGUCUUUCUGUCAAACACAUGGUUUCCAAGCCACCGAGGAACUGCCAUCCCUGUUCGGGGGGAAGGACGGGGUGGGAGGGAUUUCUGGUGAGUGGUUCUUUUGCAAAGUGUCCAGCAGAAGGACGGAAAUGCCGAUCGUACUGGCUGCUUUGUGUAUACCAUGUAUACUAAACAUCGAUCUCUGCUGUUUGUGCAUCAAUAGCAAACCUGAAAUAAAACUGUAUUUAAAGUUCCA